AACAUGCUUGAAGAGCUCCUAAUUCAUAAGCCAGAUGAUCCCAUUCAAUAUAUGAUAAACCAUUUAAAGCACAACAACGAUGAUGCUCCAAGAAUUUGUGUACUCGGUCCACCAGCUUCUGGGAAAACUACAGUUGCAAUGUGGCUUUGUAAACGUUUGGAUGCCAUACGUAUCUCUCGGGAGACUUUGUUAUUCAAGGAAAUAUUAGCACUGACAAAGGAAGCAAAGGCAUAUAAAGAAAGAAAACAGAAAAUUCCCAACGCGCUUUGGGCCAAUCUGAUCCAGGAACGUCUGUCAAACGUGGACUGCAUCAAACAAGGAUGGAUUUUGGAAGGUUUCCCUGAAAAUCAGGAACAGGCAUGGAUGCUGCAGUCAUCUGGCAUCAUUCCUAGGCAUGUUGUUGUGCUUUGUGCUCCAGACACUGUGCUGAUUGAGAGGAACAGUGGGAAAAGGCUUGAUCCCGUCACAGAAGAGGUGUACCAUACGACCUUCGACUGGCCAAGCGAUCCGCUGGUACAGCAGCGUUUGGUGGAACCAGAAGAUCUCUCUGAACAGGAGAUGUCAACGAAACUGCUGGAAUAUCACAGAAACUUCCCUGAGGUUUUCCAGAUCUACCAAAAAAUUUUGAAAUCGAUCAAUGCAGACCAGCCUUGCGUGGAUGUCCUAUCACAGGUUCUUACCUUUGUCCAAACCCGGCACCGAUCAGCUGCCCCCUUUACACCACGGAUUCUCUUUUGUGGACCCCCAGGCAGUGGGAAGAGCCUGCAGGCAGCACUAAUAGCUCAGAAAUACAGUGUUGUCAACAUUUGCUGUGGGCAACUGCUAAAGGAAGCUGUUGCAGAGAAGACAAAACUUGGAGAACUCGUUAAACCUUAUAUUGACAAUGGAUACCCAGCAGUAUUCACCAUUGUUAUUGUUACUCGAGUAUCGAUAGUCCAAUAUGAGGCACUUGGAGUCACAGGGAUAGUGCUGCUGAAGUCUGUGGGUUUGCAUGAGCGAGGUGGUAAAACUGGUUUUAAUGUGGAUGGUAGGCAUCAGGAGAAGCAGCAAGGGGAGACACAGGACUGGGAAGCUGGUCCUGCUGUUGGGGAUCUAGAGCACCUGCUGGCACCAGCCAUCACUGAUUGUUAUUUGUUACGUCGCCUCUUUAUUUGCCGGCUUCAAAAUUACCUUCGAAAACCAGGAAAUCAGAGCAGCUCUCCCGUUUCCCGGGGCAGCCCGGCGGUGUCCCUCACUAAGGAGGACGGAGCGGGCUCCGUUUCC